AUGUCCGGCAGUUUUUCAGAGAGUCUGUUCGCAGACAUGACCGCACGCAAGUGGGCAUUCUACAUUUUUUGGUACGGCGUCCACGCAGGAGUAUUUAUCUUCGGAUUCUUCAAACAACGCAUGGACGGCGACCUCCAACUUCUCAACUCCCUCGGUUACUCCGUCGCGACUUCCCGAGGAGCUGGACUUGUGCUUGCGAUGGACUGUUGCUUGCUCACGCUUCCGAUGUGCCGGAACUUGAUUCGCUUUGCCCGAAACCUGAGGAUUGUUAACAGGAUACUACCCUUCGACCAAAACAUCUUCUUCCACAAAAUGGCGGCGUACUCGCUACUAUUCUUCACAUUAGUGCACGUGAAUGCUCACUAUGUGAACUUCUUCUUUGUUGAGUCGAAAAUUUUCGACAAACUGCCCGUUCGCGCCUGGCAAAUUCACUACACCACAUACGCGGGAGUCACCGGCCACAUCAUGCUUGUCCUCAUGUUCAUCAUGUAUAGUGCCGCGAAAACGCAGGUUCGCCAAAAGAAGUUCGAACUUUUCUGGUACGCCCACCACCUGUUCGUACUCUUCUACGUGUGCCUCUUCUUGCACUACGCCGGGUGCUUCGUUAAGAGUAACGCUGGAAAGUGCAAGCCUUACGGUUCCAACAUCUACACCGUUCCUUGCUUCUGCUUGUACAUCCUCGAAAGGAUCGUGAGGGAGUACCGUGCCCGCCAAUCCACUCAAUUGUCGAAGGUCAUUAUGCACCCUGGCAACACCAUUGAGCUCAGGAUCGAGAAAGCUUCCUUCGCCUACAAGCCCGGACAGUACCUCUUCCUCAACAUUCCCGACAUUGCUUACUUCCAGUGGCACCCCUUCACCAUCUCCUCCACUCCCGAGGAGGGCUUCGUAUCCGUGCACAUUCGUGUUGUCGGUGACUGGACCAAGAAAGCCGCCAAGCUGCUAGGCGCAUACUCCACCAGCGAUGACUCAGCAUCCACCUUGGACCCCAAGAUUAGGCUCCCGACUAUCCGAAUCGACGGGCCGUUCGGCGCCCCUGCGGAAGACUUCUACAACUACCGUUCGGCCGUCCUCGUUUCCGCCGGUAUCGGAGUCACUCCCGCAGCAUCUUUGUUGAAAUCCCUGUGGUACCGGUACUACCGCAAAGCACCCAUCGGACUUCGCAAGGUGUACUUCUUCUGGUUGGCUCGUGACAAGGAGUCAUUCUCCUGGUUCCAGUCGCUCCUGUCGACACUGGAACAGAGUAUCCCGUCAUCCUUCCUUGAGAUCCAUGUCUAUCUGACUGGCAACCUCUCGGUCGACGACAUUCAGAACCUCGCAUUGAACGACAACUCAGCUUACGACGCUCUGACCGAGUUGAGAAACAAGACGCACUUCGGACGCCCCGACUGGGCGAAAGCAUUCGGAAACGUCCGCGCCGCUGUAGAGCGCGAAGUUGUGGACCCGAAACUCGGCGGCGGGGCCGUUGACGUUGGCGUAUUCUACUGCGGACCCAGCCCGUUGGCGUCAGUGCUGAGGAAAAGUUGUGCGGGCGCAAGUGGCGGCGGCGUAAACUUUGAGUUUAGAAAGGAGCAUUUCUAG